AAUACCGUGUGUUGUUUUAUUUGCUGUUCUCUUUGUAUAUGGAAAUGCGGAAAAGGUAAAUUUGUUUCAAGAUCUAGAUUGGAUGAAUUUCAAGAUAACCGGAGACUGGCUAAACUUAUAGUUGAGUCGAUGCAAGAUUCGUCAUUCGAUUAUGAACUAUUAUUUGACCUGAAGAAAGAGAAUCAGGUGUACCUGAACAGAACUAUGUCACUACUCAUCAAAUAUAUUGUGAAACGGGAGGUAGACAACUACAGGUCAAGAAGAACAGACGCUAUCAGUCGACGACUCUAUUCAUCGUUAGUAAUGAAACUUAUUGAUAUAGCGAAGGACCUCCCCCGCAACACCAGCACCAUAAGCCGCAUCGACACAGCGCACAGAUACUACAUGUCAGUGGAGAGUAAGGACAUGCACGACCAGAUGGCGGAUGUCCAGGUAUUCCACGCGUGCGCCAGGCUCUACGAUAUCAUAUUCACGGCGCCCAGAAUAAUAUCACAACUUGGCAACCUGGAUGAUCUGACACCCAGGCUUCUGGUACGAAAACUCACCGAGAUGGAUAUAAAGCCUGUGCACCUGGGCAUCACUUUACUUAUUCAGUAUCAUCUUCGAAAUACAGUAAAUUUCGCGAUCAGUUCAAAAGCCCUGGACGUGCUAUCUACGAAGCCCCAGGCUGUUGGUCACCAAGUCAUCGAUAUGCUGAAGGCAAUUGCUGCCAGACUUCUGCCGGUGGCUGAGCUUCUUGACAUCCACCUGGCGCAUUCUAGCCCAGCGUUUAAAGAUACCUGUCCUUCAACUUGGCUUGGCAUUGUUAAUAAUAAAAACCCUUAA